AUGGUUGCGCCGGCCAUACCAGAAAUAAUAGAGGACGAAGAUAUUGGCGUUGCAGUUGACGCUCGUACAGAGAGCCUGCCGGGUCUGCGCGAGCUUGGUCCUCCUGAUCUUGUCCACUUGACGAAACAGACUGCUAAAGGCUCUUCGAAGCAGACUGGCGUCUAUCACCAUGUCACCGGUAUCGAUGCCUCCUCCUCAGCCAGUCUUGCUGCUUACGUGAACACCUUGACCUUCAACCCAACCGAUAAGACGCACAAAGUGGUAUCAGGUCUAUACUGCUGCUACAAUGCCUUUUCCCAUCUCGAUAUGCGAGUCGAAGUGAAGAUUCCAGGUGGUGUGGAAAGCUACUGCGUGGACGAAAGAGGAGACAGAAGGGUGGCUACAGAUAGCCUGUGGCUUGAGACGUUUCUUUGCGCCGUGCUAAGAGCAUACUCGUACGGAGAUGAUGGUAGCGGCAGCGAGAUCAAAAAGAUUAUAGGAGUUCGAAGAUUCAAUCCCAUUAUCAGCACUGAAAUGGAACACAAAUUCCUGGACGCGGCUGAGAAGCUGUUCUUCAACGGCAGACAACUCGGCUCAGAUCCUGAAAUACAGACGCCCAAUGUGGUUUCAAACCACCUCACAGCUGGACUACUGAAGUACAUCAAGACAACCGGGCGCUACACCUCCGGGGUGAACCUGUUCCAGAAACUAAGAGAAAGAGAUGUCGAGGUAUCCUCGCUCCUUGCCCAAGUUCUGAUCGCAGGGGACGAAGAAGUUCAAGCUGUUCGACUUCUACACGAUUCAGUUCAAGAUAUCCCCAUGGACUAUGCUCUUCUCGAUUGUCAGGCUGCCUUUUGUCUGAGCAAAGGUGAAGGUGAAAUGGCGUUGGAAUGUGCAAAAAGAAGUGUGACUGCUGCUCCUAGUGAAUUCAGCACAUGGGCUCGUCUAGCUGAAGUAUACGUCGCCCUCCAGCAGUGGGAUCUGGCUCUUCUGACGCUCAACUCGUGUCCAAUGUUCUCCUACCAAGACAAGGACUCGCCCCGUAUGCCCGAACCAUCUCGAGUGCUUCUACCCAUCCUUCCUGAAACAGCCCUCGAAGAGAUAGACGAAGGGCAGCCAAAACAAGGAGAGCCGUAUGAUUCAGUACACAUAUCACUUCGUAAACUGCAAGCCGCAACCUACCAAGGCACAUUCCUCAAAGCCUACAGCAUACUUACAUCCGUCGCGGCGGCCAUAGGUUGGGACGAAUUGUUGAAGAUUCGAAGUCGUGUCUUUGUCAUGGAAGAGGAAUACCGUUCGGAAAGGCAAAGUUCCAUAGCGCCCAAAGCUCCUACCAGCAAGAACGCCAGCACUGUAGCCUUGUCCGGAACACCAAAUGGUUCGAGACACGCCGAUCCUGACGUAUCAGAAGAAGACUCUGAAGAAGAAACCGAAGAACCAAGCUCAACCGCGCAACCCAACGGUGUUGAAAAUAGCAUGUUGGCAGCGGAGAGCUCCAUGACCAAGCCCGUUCCUACUGUCAACGCCCAAGAAGUAAAAGCUGGGAACGAAGACCCGGAUCCGCCACACAAAGACUACACGAACUUUCAAAACAAAAGACUGUGUGAACGCUGGCUUGACAACUUGUUCAUGGUACUGUAUGAAGAUUUACGGAUUUACACAAUCUGGCGGACGGAAAUGGGACAAUACAAGCAGCAGCAGUUACAAUAUAAGAAGUCUGCCACGGAAUGGGAGAUCCUAGGCGACCUGGCCGAGCGACUUCAUCACAGUCCGGAGUCUAUCGAGGCGUAUCAACAAUGUCUCAACAUUCGCUUCUCUCCCAAAGCUAUGACGGGCCUUCUACGUUUGUACGAGAAACGAGGAGACACGAGAAACACAUUAGCGACAUUGAUUCGACUCAUUACCUGGCAGUACAGGUGGUACUCCGAAUAUUCGCCAGAUCUGCUCUACUCGAUACGAAGACUCAUCGAAGAUGAAGGAGCUGUGAAGGUCAGGAGUAUCGUCCAAUCAACAAACUUGCCGCAAAACGUACUUGAUCUCACUCACGAGUACUGCCAAUUAUGUGCAGCCUUCAAAAGUACAGGGACGGAGACAUGA